AUGCCUGAAAUUAAAGAAUAUUUGCCCUCGAAGUAUGAACCUCUACUGUCGGAUGCUAACUGGGCCAAACUAGCCAAGUCAAAGAGAAAUCUCCAUCGAGCAUUAUCAGUGCCUCAUCCAUCAGAUAUUGAAGACUUCUUAAUAUCUAAAACCGAUAAUUUGGUUAUAGAAAGUGAUUAUAUCGAACACUGCAAGUCUGCAAUACGUGCGCUAUACCGGUUCAGACAUCUGUCCAGCCUCGAAUAUAAGUCUCAUAUCCGUGAACUUAGCAUGCAGUCUGCUCUGAUGGUCUCAGAAUUGAGAGCCAUAGGUCGACAGAAGCGUAUCAUUACGCAGGACAUGCAAGAAGUUUUACUGAGAAAUAAAGACAUUAAUGCUGCCUACAUGAAUGCAAUCGUUGGUAAAGCUGCCAUCGCUCCUGGAAAGGAGCUCAAUAGAAAGUAUAUGUCUAAGCAGCUCCGGAGGUUAGCUGACGAUUUCUAUGCCGGGAAAAGAGUCACUGCUCUGGAGACUCAGGGAUAUUGCCAUGCAUUGGGCUGGACAAUGUAUGAUGAAGUCACAGCUACCCAUUUAGUACCAGAAGGAUUAGAUGCCAACGCAAUUGCAUGUCUUUUUGGGACAACAAACGUCAAUAUAGACGAGCCACGAAAUAGUGAGUUGUCCAAUGAGUGUAUGCAACCCCAUGCGCACGUUGAAGGCUAA